AUGGCAUUCAAACCCUUCAUCGUCGUCACAUUGGCUGUCGAAUCGCUCAAGGUAUCAGUGCCUUUCUACGAGGCGUUGGGUUUCCGGAGGCAUGAGCAGAUGGGCGACGAGAGUGCGAGGUACAUGAUGCUGUCGGAGCAGAUUGGGGUGUACCUGACGGCUGCCAUAGUGGAGCAACUUCCCCUGCUCAUUUCCCGCCAUCCUCAUCUUCCUGAGCACCUUCCCAUUCCGAACCCUGCACUGAUAAUCGCACUUGCCAGGGAAAACCCUACUUUCAAGAGAUUCAUACCCUCAAGCAAAUCCAUCGUGAACGCGCACGCCGCCACCGAGACAUUCCUGUCUAUCCUCGUCGAGAAGCGCGAGGAUGUCGAUCGUGUCGUUGAUUUGGCGCUUGAGCGGGGCGGGAAGAAGUAUCCGACCAGUUUGGGGAAAAUUGACAGGUUGUAUACGCGGGGAAUUGAGGACCCGGAUGGACAUAUUUGGCAGGUCGGGUGGAUGGGGGAGUUGUUGGACCGAAGGCGGAAAGGAGAAGGAGGGGAAGGGGUGUGA